AUGCGGGAUUACACCGCUCCAGGACGGGAUCUGUGCAUGCCACGACUGCGAGGCCGAUGUAUAUCAGUAAUCAGAGCUUCCGAACCAGCGUCGAUCAAGAGAUGGUGCUUUGAAACGUCACACCGAUGUGCCCUCGCAAUGCAAACCCCGCAAUCAGCACCGAGGUUCGCGACAUUAGUUGAUGCUGGAUCACAAAUACAUAGCAAGGAGCAGAUAUUGGAGACGCGCUGGUGA